AUGACAAGAUUGACACCAGUUGCAGAGCAAGCACUCACCAACAACUUCGUAUACUCUUUGAGAUUAACAGUAAAGCUAGGAAAUGGAUAUCUAUUUGAGGUAUUUAAAGAAGAUAAGUCAUCGAUUGUAAAUCUCAAAGAACCAAUUUGCACUUGCAAUAGAUUUCAGAAGGAUGAAAUGCCAUGUGGUCAUGCUCUUGUUGUGAUGAAGGAGAACCCAACGAUUAUUGUUCACAUUACUACACAACAAAAGUAUUAUGAUGCAACUGUGUAUCUAGUAGGGAAACAACAACAUUGGGAAUUACUAGACUUUUUCAAAGACAUCAUAGUGUUGCCUCCAUUUGAAAGAUUGAAGGCUGGAAGACCAAAGAAAAGAAGAAUUAUAGCUGCUUGGGAAGCUAAAAAGAAGAACAAGUACAGCAAGUGUAGACAAAGAGGUCAUAAUAGGAAGACAUGUCGAGUCCGACCACCAAGAAGUUGA